AUGAAGAAGCAGCAUUGGUACUCGCGCAGCCGCUCCGUGCCGGCCACGCCCAGGGGCCUCCCGGCCGACGCCAUCGCCAACAGCCCCGGAUGCAUGUCCAUGGUGCACCUCAUCUUCGCCCCCGGCGCCGGCUGCGUCGGCCGCCCUCCAUCCUCCGACCUCCACGCCGCCGCCGUCCUGUCCAAUUCCCACCACCUCAAUUCUUCUUCAUCUCCAGCCAGCCUCAAGAAAGGAGGCCUGGAGGCGCCGCGGAACAGCCUGGAGCUGGAGGGCGACGAGCUGCGCGACAUCCAGAUCGGGGUGCAGGUGCUGCCGGCCUUCGACGCGCUGGCGGUGGCGGGGCGGCGGAGCACGGGGAGCAGGGCCACGGCGCCGUCCUCCGAGGCCGGGACCCCGCGCACGCCCAGCCUCGUCGCGCGCCUCAUGGGCAUCGACGGCCUCCCGGAGCCCUCUCCCUCCCCAGGCCUCAAGAAGAGCAACCCAAGAACGGUCUCGACCGUCGGCGUCAAGGAGAAGAAGAAGCGGGUGAUUCCCGAGUCCAUGAACCGGCAGCCGCUGCGGAGCCUGAGCUGCAACGUCGGCGCCAACGAGGCGCGGUCGCUGCCCGACACGCCGCGCGCGUCGGCCUCGUCGGCGCGGUCGGCUUCGGCGUGGGACGUGGUGGACCGCCCGAGGCUGUCGCUGCAGGUGCUCAAGGAGAGCGUGCUCGACCGGGCCGCGCAGUACAUGUCCAUGCCCUCCUCCCCCACCUCCUCCUCCAAGAAGAAGGAUAGGAAGGACCGAGACGCCGGGCACCGGCGGCGGGACGCCAAGGAGCACGCGCGCGAGAUCGUCAGGCAGGCCAAGGAGACCGUCACCAACCGCAACAAGUCCAAGAAGCAGCCUUCGUCGACGGCGAGCAACAAGGAGAACGUCAGCCCGGUCGUGGUGGUGGAAGACAAGAGGAUGGUGGUCGUCCAAGUCCAGGCAGCGGUCAAGCCGACCGCGCCGCUGUCGUCGAGAGCGCAAGUCGAGCAGCAGCCACACGCCCCGAGGCUUCCGUCGCCUCCGCCGCCGCUGCGCGCGAAGCCGUCGCGGCCGCCGCCUCCGCCGCCGCCACCGGUCCAUCCGGCACCGGUCAGAGCGAGGCCGCCGGACGGGUGCGAGCGGUUCGCGACGCGGAUCAAGAAGCCCGGUGCAGGUGCGGGUGCAGCAACAAUACAGCAGGUGGCACCGGUGGCACCACCGUCUCCCGCCCCCGCCGCGCCCGUGAGCUUCUCCGUCGGCCACCGUCACAACCAGCCGCCGGUGCCGCUGGAGGAGAACCCCGAGUACGGCUACCUGCGUUCGGUACUGGAGCGGGGCGGGUUCAUGCGCGCAACGCCGCUGCCGUCGCCCCGGCCAUUCAAGGGCCAUUCUCCGUCAACGCCAGUGGACCCGAUCGUCUUCCACCUGCUGGAGCUGGACCUCCCGACGGACGACAGCCCCAAACUCGGCGCGCUGCGGCACCGGUGGAACCGGAAGCUGCUCUUCCACCUAACGCAAGAACUCCUCGCCGACCUUCUCCUCCCCGACGGCGCCUCCGCAACGAGGCAGCACGGGCCGGCGCUGCUGGAGAAGGUGUGGGAGAAGGUGAGGUCCUUCCCGGCGGCGGACUGCAGGGUGGUGGGCGACAUCGACGCGCUGGUGGAGGCGGACCUCCGAGCGGCCGGGAGCGUGCGCGGGCUGGUGCACCACCCGGCGGUGGCGGAGGAGGCCGGCGACGUGGCGGACGAGGUGGCGGAGUGGGUCCUGGACGCGCUCCUCCGGGAAUCUCUCCCGCCGUCCUGGUCGUGGUCGCCGUCACGUGCAUCGAGGUAG